AUGGAAGCUCCUAUGGCAACCCGGCCGGGAAGAGCAGGUUCGGGUGCCUUCUUCGUGAUCGUAUUAAUGGAUUAUCGAUUGCAGGUUUCUUUGACUUCAUUAGAAGGUUUUCUAGGCAUGAUGUUUCAUGCUCAAGGUCCUUUAAGGAAUCAUUGUACUCUCCUUGCCGUUCUUUGUGGUAAAAGUGGUGAUAAUAAGCAGAAGCAGCCUCUCUCUGAUGAUAAACCUAGAUUUCCUUUUCCGGAACUUGCUUCUACUGGGCGGCUAGAGGUUCAGGUACUGACUAAUCCGAGCACUGAUGAAUUCCGGAGAGUGCUUCAGUCAUUGGAGCCCAGUAUUGUGUAUUUUCAAGGUGAGCAGAUUGAAGGUAGUGAAGAAAUUGGGCCUUUAAGAUGGGGAGAUAUUGACUUGUCCACUUCAGAAUCCCUAUGUGGACUGUUUGGUUCGACAUUGCCUCCCACGGUUUAUUUAGAGAUCCCCAAUGGUGAAAAAUUGGCAGAGGCGCUUCACUCCAAGGGAGUUUCAUAUGUUAUAUAUUGGAAAAGCACAUUUUCUUGUUAUGCUGCUUCUCACUUUCGUCAAGCAUUGUUGUCAGUGGUUCAAAGUUCUUGCAGCCAUACAUGCGAUGCUUUCCAACUUGCUCAUGCAUCUUUUAGGCUCUUCUGUGUACGAAACAACAGUACCCUAGCUUCCAAUAGCCAGAAAGUUGGUGGUAAACCCGGACCAUGUUUACUCGGGGAUCCUCCAAAGUUUGAUAUUACUCUGGCCGAGGCAGAUGAUCAGGGUGAAGAAGGCUCUUCUGGGGCUCUUCCUGCUAUAAAAAUAUAUGACGAUGAUGUGACCAUGAGGUUUCUGGUUUGUGGACUGUCAUGCACAUUGGAUGCGUGCUUAUUGGAAUCUUUGGAAGAUGGGCUCAAUGCUCUCCUGAACAUUGAAAUUCGUGGGAGUAAACUUCAUAAUCGGACAAGUGCUCCUCCGCCUCCUCUCCAGGCAGGGACAUUUUCUCGUGGUGUAGUGACAAUGCGAUGUGAUUUAUCAACUUGUAGUUCUGCUCACAUAUCGCUUUUAGUGUCUGGCAGUGCACAAACUUGUUUUAAUGAUCAGCUUUUGGAGAAUCAUAUUAAAAAUGAGCUUAUCGAGAACAGUCAGCUAGUCCAUGCAUUGACGAACUCUGAGGAAAGCAAAUCAUCUUCAACUGAGCCACGAAAGUCUGCUUCCAUAGCCUGUGGGGCAAGUGUAUUUGAAGUUUCUAUGAAGGUUCCUACAUGGGCAUCACAGGUUUUGCGGCAGCUCGCCCCAGAUGUAUUCUACCGCAGCUUAGUCAUGCUAGGAAUUGCUAGCAUUCAAGGACUGUCAGUUGCUUCUUUUGAAAAAGAUGAUGCUGAUCGCCUCCUUUUCUUCUGUGCAAGGCAGCGCAAAGAGCCCCAUCCACACAACUCUGUUCUCACUAGGCUUCCUAGCUGGUUGAUUCCUCCUGCACCUUGUCGAAAGAGAUCUGAGCCAUCCCGAGAAACUAAACCCUUUACUUCUGGUUGUGGAGGUGAAAAUGGAGGAAAUGUUAAACAGAAGUUGCAUGUUGCUGCAAUGAGGCCAAUUCCUCACACUCGUCGUCAUAAAAUGCUACCAUUUUCUGGAUUUUUGGAGGCUGAAAGAUUUGAUGGAGAACAAGCAAAGCCUAGCUUGCCACCUCCUCCACCGAAGCAUAGUGCUGUAGGGCCUGCUCCUGUCACUCAUCGAAAAUCAUUGUCAAGCUCUUAUCAGGCGCAACAGAUUAUUUCUCUAAAUCCACUGCCUUUGAAGAAACAUGGUUGUGGCAGAUCUCCAAUACAAGUUUGCUCUGAGGAGGAAUUCUUGAGGGAUGUAAUGCAGUUCUUGAUUCUACGUGGUCAUUCUCGUCUAGUUCCUCAAGGUGGACUGGCUGAGUUUCCUGAUGCCAUUCUCAAUGCAAAACGCCUUGACCUUUUUAACUUGUAUAGGGAGGUGGUUUCAAGAGGAGGUUUUCAUGUUGGCAAUGGCAUCAACUGGAAAGGACAAGUUUUCUCAAAGAUGCGCAAUCAUACAUUGACUAACAGAAUGACUGGUGUUGGCAAUACACUUAAAAGGCACUAUGAAACUUACCUUUUGGAAUAUGAAUUGGCCCAUGACGAUGUAGACGGAGAAUGCUGUCUGUUGUGUCACAGAAGGGUUACCAUAUUCACAGUAGUGCAGCUGGUGAUUGGGUUAACUGUGGAAUAUGUGGCGAGUGGGCUCACUUUGGCUGUGACAGGAGGCAGGGACUCGGUGCCUUUAAGGUAUGCUUUUGGUCAAGCUUCUUUAAUGAUUUAG